AUGGCCGGCCUGGCACCGGUGUCUGCCUCGGCUGGGGCUGGUCCGGCUUCUGCUCAGCUGGGCCACGACUCGUUGUCAGACGGCUCCGACUUGCCCUCGCCUACUGUCGACGAUGGCGACGCGUUGGCCCUCCUCGCUGCGCUCGACUCUCAGAUCUCGGCCAUGGGCGCCACUGGCGUGGCAAGUGACCUCGCUCCUUUGCCAGAGUCAUCGUUAUCGCGGUCGCCCUCAGCGGUCUCGUCAUCGCCGUCGGCGUCAUCGUCAUCAGGGCCGUCGUCGUCGUCGUCGUCGGGUUCGGCCUCGGGUUCGGCCUCGUGCUCGUCAUCGGCUUCGGGGGGAUCACUGUCGGCGUCGCCGUCGGCGUCGUCAAUUCAUCAUGGCGCGCAAACACGAUCGACGGCGCAGACACUGGCAUCGUACUCGCUCGAGUCCGAGGCGGAGCUCUCGCCCCAGGCUGCCGCAUCUGCAGAUAACGGCGACGACUCGUCACCGACGCUCUCGCUGCAACCGUCGCUCUCGCUGCGGGAAGUCGGCGACAAGAUGAGGCUGGCGGUCAAGCUCAAGGGCAUGCUGGCGGCAAUGGGCCAGACAGGGCUCUCGGAGCAGCAGCUCUUUGACGCUCUGCUCUCGUCGUCUUCGGAAGUGGUGGCGCCCGAAGCGCCGGUGCCGGCGCCACCGCCACCACCGCCGCCUCCACCGCCGCCGCCUCCGUCCCAAUCGGCAGACAGGCGCGGGAGCGCCGCUGCUGCUGCCGCGCUUCUUCCGAAGCACGUCCGUGCCAAGCGCCGGCCGUCGGUCAUUGAGAUCGCGGCCGGUGCCCGGCUGCUCAAGACGACCGCCAUCGACCCAGAUGAGGCGCGGGCGCACAAGGUCAAGGCGACGCCUCAGCGGCCGUCGGUCUUUGAGCUCCGGUCCAAGGCCAAGAAGCUCAAAAAGGCACCAAAGCCCAAGAGCAAGAAGCCUGCUACUGACGCUGCGCCGACACAGACUGCCGCGCCAGCCGAGGUGGCGACUGCGCUGCCGCCGUCGUCGCUUGCAGCCCACGUGACGGCCAAGCGGGUCGAGCUCGCGCAGUUGCUCCACGCGUACAACGCGGUCAACCCGUCAGUUCUUGACGCCAUUCCCGCGAGCCACGACGAACUUGUUCCGGUCACGCUCUCGCUCGCACGUCAGUACUACGCGCUCGAGAAGCUGGUUGUCCGGCUCAAGGGCGCGCUCGCCGGUGCCGAUGAUGCGCGACUCAACACCGCGUUGCAGUCCGGCAACUCGCCGGCGCCACGGGCGGAACCACGUGCACGCCGUCAAGCGUCGCCGGUUCUGCAGCGGCUGGUCACCGCCUUCCAUCGGCCGCAGGGUCCGCCAGCCGACGUCGCUGCCCUCCGCCGGCAGUACGACACGCUCCGGUCGCGGCUCGACGCCGAGGAGCGGGCGCUACGGACGCUCGAGGACGAGGGCCGCCAGCUGGCCACAACCCAGCAGGCGGCAACCGACGCGGUCGCCGCGCUCGACGCCGACAUUGGGCGCUACGAGGCGCUUCUCGACCAAGCCGCAUCCCAGGAGGCGCUCCUUGCCGAGCACCUACGCAAGACGGUGUCGCUCUCGGCACAUCUGCGGACAACGCUGGCCAAAGUGCCUGCUGCAGCGCGGGAGUUUGUGCCACCGCGGGCCUUUUGCGACGCGAGCUUUUGCGCCGACGGCACCGAGCAUGCCCGAAGGUCGCUGAGUCCGGCGCGGUCGAGCAGCGCCGCGAGGCCUUCGAGCUCUCCGUUCCGGCCGCCGACGGUCCCGUCGUUCUUCUCGUCACCCAAGACGCCGCUCGCGUCGGCGCGAUCAGGUAGCGCGACAAGGCUGCUCGGCGGGUUUUCGGCGUCAGCGACGCCGGGACUGCUUCGGGCAACGAGCCGGGCCGUGCCGAACGGCAGCGCGCGGUUUACGACUCCGUAUCUGUGA